AUGGAUAAAGACACGAAUCAAGUCCAUAGAGAGCGCCAGGGCGAGAACUCCAGGCUCGGAAAUACAGGAUCGAGUCAGAUCAACGAGCACAUCCCAGCCGCACCACAGGCGUCCAUGGGCAAUACACCCAGCACGGGUAGCGUGCCCAUUCAGCAUGCUCGGCAGGUCCUCAACAACAACCUAGAUGCUUUGGAGGCCAGAAAUUCCCGUCCGGGUGACCAUCUCAUCUAUGAACAUCAGGUGGUUAACCUCAACUCCUACGCGCCGCGACGCUGGAUGAUGCCGCCUGAGGAAAGAAGAUGGCGGCCUGUCAGCCGGGAGCUUACAGGCAUGACCAGAAAAGCCCAGGCUCUCAGGGCACAUCGCGAAGAAAGGAUGCUAAAGGAGAAAGAGGAGGCAGAAGCAGCAGCAGCAGCAGCAGCAGCGCAAGCAGUAUCACACACCCAAGUUGACAACGUUGAUGAUCCCAUUCUUGUCCCCGACAGAUCCUCAGACGUCUCUGCUGCACAGGGUGAUGACGGCCAGCAGGCCGUCGGUCAUAACAAUAAGAAGCGGAAGCGUGAUGGGCUUUUUGAGGAUUCGCAGGAGAGAAGGGAGAGGCCAGCUGCCGUGAACGUGGAGUCAAGUGGGAGAGAGCUGGACGAGGAGCUGGAUGUUGGGCUGUUGAGAAUCCUGAAUCCGGUCCUGAAAGCAGAAAAGGAGAAGAAACAAGCGAUUGCAGACAAGCUAGAGGCGUCUGAACGGAAAUGCGAUGAUCUCCAGAAGGAGAACACAGAAUUGACCCAAAACCAGGCCAAGCAGGCCCGGAGAAUUGCAGAGCUCGAACAAAGUCAGGCUAAGCAGGCCCGGACGAUCGCGAAGCAGGCCCAAAGGAUCGCAGAGCAGGCUGGUGACAUUGCAGACCCGACAGAGGAAAACGCAACGCUCAAAGCCUCCCAACGCUUCUGA